AUGACUAAAACAAAGGCUGAGAAGAAAAAGGUCCGAAAAGAAAGGCGCGAGCGUCUUCACGAGGAAGCUGCGCUCAUCCAAAGCAAGUUGCUUGGAGCGUCAUUGAAGCCUGAAGAGAACGUGGUAUAUGUAUUGCCUCCAGAGGAAGGCAAUGGCACUCUCGACGAGCGAGGUGUCGUAUCCCCCACGCAAACGGCAGCAACAGGCAUGUCCACCUCUGAUGGAAUUAUAAAUAACUCUGAUGAGAAAAAUGACGAGGACCGAGUAGAGCUUCCUGCGCCCCUUGUUGCAGCAGCCACAUCUAAAAAGAAACUAUCCGCAAAGGCAUCUAGUCGAAAACAUCACAAAAUGUCCUGGCAAGCGUUGAAACUCGCAGUGGCCGCUCAGUAUGGUCCUGAUGCCUCUGACAUGGUGGAAGAACAUGAUGGCAACGCUGAGGACCCCUUUUUUACGGUUUUGAUGAAGACGCAACGGCGAACGGUUCCGGUUCCGAACCAUUGGAAUACGCUGCGUUCCUUCAUGAGCCUGCAAGCCGAUCGCGAGGAGGCAAUAGAUAUUAUACCUCCGGAAAUCCAAGCCCUAGGCGUGGAUAAGCUCCGCGCAACCAAGGACAAGCGCGCGAAUCCAGACCAAAUUGCCUUCAUGACUUGCUUCCUUACCGGCACGCCGCUGCAGCUGAAGACGUUCGGUACCCAUCUCUCACCUUUCGGUGACAUCUUCUACGAAGGGAAGUGGAUUCCCAAGGUGAAAUUCGAACCUGGAAAGCUCUCGGAGCGGUUGCGCAAUGCGCUAGGGAUGACCCCCAACGCCCCGCCGCCGUGGCUGGCCAGCAUGCAAGAGAUGCGGCGUCUCCCCCCGGCCUACCCGCAGCUCCGGAUCCCCGGCCUCAACGCCCCGAUCCCACCCGGCGCGCAGUGGGGACGCGGGCAUGGCCAAUGGGGCGAGCCCCCCCGUGGGGAGGGCAACACCUUCCUCUUCCCAGGCGUCAUGGAUGAGGCGGUCGCGGAGGAGGACCCCAGCGGCCCGCGGUGGGGCGUCGUCCCACCGUUGCGCCGCGCCGCCGCGGAAGGAACGGCACCGCCCGCGCCCGCCGCCUCGCCAUCCCCGUCGGUUGCCCGUCCACCCCCCUCUCAGCCCGCGAGGCCCACCGCGAAGGUCACCCUCACACCCACCCCAUUUCGGCCUCAGGCCUACGUGCCGCCGGUCGGCCCCGUCGCCCCCACGCCACGGCCGCCGCGGGAGUACGUCCGAGUCCAGGACAGCGCGGUGGGUGCCACCGUCACGGUGGGCUACAAGAUGGUGCCAAAGAGCAGCCCGGCGACGCUGCCGGGGUCGAAACGGGAUAGCGCCAAACCGACACCGGGGCGGCAAACCUAG